UACGACAUCACUAUGGCCGAGGACUUUACUUCUUAAGGUGUGUAUGAUAUGUCUUUCUCCUGAACCAUUAUUAUUGAUAUUUUGGCUAGAAUGCUAAGUAGCUUAGGGCAUGAUUAUCUUGGUGGUACAAAAUGACAAAAUCUGAAAUCGUCAUCCGGCCCAAAGAGGAGAAUCAAACAAUCAGUCCCCCACCUUCCAAAGAUAUAGAUUUCUGUCGUCUGCAUCUGAACCCUGUCUCUCCUAUAAUUUGCCUAGAAAGCAGCCUUUCCUGUCAAUUCACGACUGCUGACGAGGUAUUCGCGCUUGAGCCACCUCCCAGGCAGGAGCAUGAACUAGAAUUCAUACCUGAACAGUUCGAUCCUCAAUCCUCAGAGCCUUCGAUGAUGUUAAAAUAUAUCCUCGAACAAUACUCUACCAGUUCUUCUUCAUUCACCGGUCAUGAUACGGAACCAACCAACAGGACAGAUUUAUUUAAGGAGUCGUCGGCUGAGGGGAAUGGCUGUUGUGGAUAUAUAACUUGGAUAGUUGGGCCGCAGUGCAGGAUGCGACGAAACAAUCAGCUGCCGCAAUAUGCGUGCGGAGGCUCUCAUUCGGACAAAUGGUAUAACAACCACCCUUUAAUCGAGACGGAAUUAGCGGGGCCGAACAUUGGCUUAACCAGUAGUGUUCGGAGGAUAUCGAACAUUCUGAAAUUAAAGCCUCGAGAAGACAUUGUGGCGGCUUUUCGCGGCUUUAUGCUACGGCAUCAUCUACAAUCGUGGCGGACUGAAAUUCGAGCAAAAUCUGGAAAGAGGGCGCAGAAAUUUGAGGAUUGGCCACAAGAUCUCUACGCGCAGAAGUGUCUUCUUCUAACCCGGAAGCCAGCCGUGUGGGAGGCAACUCCAGGACUUAGUGAGGAAGAUGGCCAUAUUCUGUCUUAUUACUGGACGUUGUCCGACCGCGUUGACCGUCUAAUGGCAGAACGGAAGAGGCUGGGUUUCGUCCUGCUCCUUCAAACACCCCACGAAACCCAGAGGGUCGACGAGCAACUCAAGGUGACUGCAUUGUCUAGCAGAAGAGUUCCCUACCAGAUUUCCCACCACUGA